AUGCUUAUUAUGUUUUCACAAACAGCUGCAAAAACAUUCGAUGUGCAUGGUGCUGUGGUUAACGUUAUGUUUGAGAACAACGACCCAGAAGUACAAUUCAAAUUAAGAAUCCAAACUCCAUCAAUGGAAAGUCCUUUUGAAAUAGGGUUCAAGUGUCAGGAGCUCGCAAAUGAAUGGGAGAAAGCAAUAAAAGAAGCGGCUCAACUAGCAAGUCAACUGGAAACACAGCGUCGGAAAAAAGAGAGGAAUGCUCGUGUUGCAAAGGAAAUGUCUGAUUUAAUUAUUUAUUUCCGAAGUGUUCCGUUCAAGGAUAAGGGUUGGAUUUACUACGAAAUGUCCAGUUUCCCUGAGACAAAAGCAGAAAAAUAUUUCAUUCAGCAAUACUCUCAAAUGUGUCUUAAAUACCAUCGAAAUCAAAUAAGUCGUGUUUAUCCGAAAGGGCAAAGGCUUGAUUCAUCAAAUUUCAAUCCUGUCCCAUUUUGGAAUGUUGGAUCCCAAAUGAUCGCACUUAAUUACCAAACACCAGAUAAACCAAUGCAAGUGAACCAAGCUAAAUUUCGAGACAAUGGAGCUUGUGGCUAUAUACUGAAGCCUCAAUUCAUGCUAAGAGAUUAUUUCGACCCAAACGAAUCAAGUACUUUAAUAAAUGUUCAAAAGGCGUUCGUUACAAUCCGAAUAAUUGGUGCUCGACAUCUUUGCAAAUCAGGGAGGAAUGUCAAUAGUCCUUUAGUGGAAAUAGAGUUAUUGGGUGCCAACUUUGAUGCUGGGAUCAAACAUCGAACAAAAGCAGUUG